CAGUCAGAUUGGCUCCGCAACUGUACCGCAACGCAACACAUUCAUUGCGGAUCUCAGAAAUCGUGAAGCCUUCAUCUUAUGAUCAGCACAAAAAUAUUCACAAAUUGGAUCGAAGGAAGGCCUCUGAAAUUCCAAAUACAAAAUUUAAAGAUUCUAUUGAUGUAAUUAAAAAUAAACAGAAGCCACCCCACUAUGUAAAGCGUGAUGGGGCAAUAAAACCGUAUAAGUGGGACCAAAUGAAACUGGAAAAAGCAGCUCAAGCUAACACUGCUGUGCGAAGACUCAGUGGACAUUCGAAGAAUUUGCAUAAGUUGGACAGGAGGACAGAAAAGCUUCCUGGCCAUGUGUUUAGGCGACGACGGAGUAAACACCACUGGGUUAGCCAUAAGCUAGCUUCCAGCCAAGAAGAAAGUUUGGUUGUUGAGCCGCCACAUUUAUCCCAAGAUUACUUUCAGUGUUCUACCAGUAAGUUAAUAUCUUGAAAAUUUUAAAUAUAUUAUAAUAUACUUUGAAACAUUACAAAACAAUAUAUAAAAAUUAUAUAUAUAAUUAUAAAUUAUAUAUAUAUAUAAAAUGAUGUAUGUGAAUGUUUAGCUUAAUUUGAUCCAAUGAUAAAAAUUAACUUGUCAUGAAUUAAAUUUCUGUAGUUCCUGGCCAAAAUCCAAAGUCCCGAUUUAAAUGGUUGCGACCCAGCCUUUAUCAACUUCAUGCUCAAAAUCUCCUGCGACAGAAAAUGAAACAAAGACUAAAAAUGGGCUAUGGAAGAACUCAUAAAUAUGCUGGGUAUGCAUUUUGUAUAAUUAGAUGAAAUUUGUUUAUGAAUUGAAAGUGAAGUUUAUAAUAUCUAGAUAUAUUUUUGUAAAGGUUUAGAAGUUUAGAGAAUCAUAAAAUUACAGUCCAGAUUUUAAUCAGUUUUUCAACAUAAAGUAUUAAGUAAAUGUACCAAUACUUUUAUUCUUAUUAACAUAAUAAGACAGAAAUCAACAGGCCAAAAGUUAAUCAUUUUAAAAAGAGACAUGUUCCUUUCCUUGGGAUGAAUUUUCAUAAUUUGAUAUCAGAAAACAUUUAUUUGGUUAAAAAAUGGAUAAAAUGAUAGAAAAUAUUGUAGAUAAAAAUAUUGAAAUAUAGUUUUGAAGAUAAUUUAUGCAACAACAACAAAAAAAUGUUUAAAUAUGUUAAAGAUAUCCUCAUGCUUUUUCUCUUUUAAUAAGCUUCAACACUGAAAAGUCCCUGUGGCAGCAAUCUCAGGCACUGAAAGCACGGCAGUAUAGGUUUAAAGGAAACAUGAUUCACAUUGGUGGUGUGCUUUACAAAUCUUCCAGCAGAAAACUAAUCAAGGCUAGGAGAACAUCUACAUCGAAAACAGAACUGACAUUUGCUACAAGUCAAGCAAACAGAAGACAAUCGUUGAAAAACAACGGUGGGUUUAAGUUUAAGAAGUUUAAAAAUUGCAGACUGAGGCUAAGCUUUUUGUUCGAUAAAAUCUGUGCAAAACAAAAUUUAAUAGACAUAUAUAUUUAGGAUUUACUUUAUUUUGAAUAGAAACAAUUUUUGCCAUGAUUUUAAAAAAAAAAUAUUUUCUGAUCAAAUUCAUUUUGUUUGUGGAAACUCAAAGUUUUGGCAUUGCUAUUUUGAUUACUUUUCUCUCGAGACAAAAAUAAUGAGGAAAGACAAGCACAGCACCAGAUGAAGCUCUAUGGUUCCAUAAGUGCUCAUGGACGGUUGAAGCCAUUGAAGAAUUUGUAUGUUUACAUUGAAGUUCUUUUAAUGUCAUGUCACAGAUUGGAGGCAACAGAAGAUGAAACUUAUCUUGUUAAGGGGUGCUCAUUUCAACAUAGAUACUAGACGCAGAAAACUUUCUAGGGCUGGUAAGGACCAUUUCAACCUUUCAACAUAAACUCAAGUGGCUCUAUGUUGUAAAACUACCGGUAUCUUAGCGAGGCAAAAUUUAAUUAGCUUCAUGACCUAAUGCUGCAGUACAUUGCGUUAUUUACUUUUUUUCCACAGUUUUGUCAAGUUCGACGGGACCCUCAGCAUCGGAUUCUGGAUUACUAUCAUUGAAAGUGGGUGAUGAAAAGACCAGGAUAGCAGCAAGGUACAGUGCAAAAAAGAUCAUGUUCGCCUUUGUUAAAUUUUGUCACCUCUUCUGGAUCUUCAUGCACUGAUGUCAUUUCAGCAACUAAACUAAUUUUUUUUUUAACGUUUGAUAGACCUAAAUAAAGCUGGACCAUGAAGCUCAUUCAGGAGCUAUUCUUGUAUCAAGUGUGAUGUUUAAUUUUAUUGGCAAACAUGGUCCACAUUCGGUCAGUGUUGUCAUUUUAUCCAGCCCUUUGAGUCAAUAGUGACUUUGAAGUCCUUGAAAUAAAAGUGUUUUAUGAAUGUUUUAAAUUUAUGAGAUAUUCUGGUGAUACAUAUAGGACACCUGGUUCUGGUAGUGUUCGUUGCUGCAUCCAUGUACUGGCAUCUGUGCAACGGUUGGGGGUAUGAUGUUGCUAUUCUAACAGCUCCUAGCUGAUACCAGGGCAGCCUUGAAGCUUUCGACCGAUGUCGAGUUCACAGUGGCAUUGUUCAGGUGGUUCCAUGCUAUUAUUGUGCGUGGGAAGAAAGAUUGUUUAUACUGCACUGUGUUGCCCUGAGGUACUUUGAAGCAUUUGCUAUUGUUUUGGGUGUAAUUGUAAUUGUUUAUGGGAUUGUCAGUGUUCAGUGAGCGUUUUGCUCUAAUCAGUCUACCCGGCUUCUGUGGGGUGAGGUACGAGCCUGCUGGGAUGGGCUGCACCAGUCCCAUGACCACUUUAUAUAAGAAUAUCAGGCGGAGUCCCUCUCGUCUGUCUUUAAAGGUGGGGAUGUCAAAUCUUUUUAAGAGGCCAGUGACGAAGCCAGAAGUGGUGGAUUUGUAGUCUCAAGCGAUAAAAUGCACAUCUUUACUUUGAAUUCGCUCCAUCUCGUCCACAUCUUGCUUAAGGUGUGGGUCCAAGAUGAUCGCUCCAUAUUCUAGUAGUGGGCGGACAAGUGCGAGAUAGGCAUUUCGUUUGCAGGAAGUUGGGCAGUGGCGCAGAUUUCUUCGGAUGAAACCUAGGGUGGAGUUGGCUUUUUUUUUAAAUUUUGUUUAUAUGGGGGUGACCAUUUUAGAUUAUUUGAGAAGAGAAUUCCAAGGUAGGGAUUAUUUGAUACUUGUUUGAGGAUUGUCUCGUUUAGUGAGUACAUAUAGUUUGAUGGUUUUUUUCUUGAGAUGGUCAUUGUGUAGCAUUUAGUUUCAUUAAAUUUCAUGCCCCAUUUGUCCACCCAAUUCAUAAGGCACUUCAAAUCUUAUUUUUGAAAUUUUUUUUUACAAUUAAACCCCCCUCACACACACACGCAAAGAGAUCUUAUAACAAAAAGUUUGUCAACCACUCAGGGCCGCCUUAACAGCAGCGGAGGCCCUAGGCACAGUAAUACACUUAAGCCCAUAACCCUUUAUUUACUCAGGGCCGUAAGAAGGAGGUGGGAAGAGGACCAAUCACCGCUGGCGCCAAUAUCAAGGGGUGGCAAAAUCAUCUUAAAAUAGGCCCUUAAAAGUGAAUUUCACAAUAAAAUACCUUGUACUUCCCAUAGACAGCGGCGGCAAAAUUGUCUUACUAGUGCGCCCUGGUCGCCGCUUUUCCUGGGAACGGUUGUCUAUAGCCUACCAUUAUAGUAAUGUUAUGAAAAGCAUUACGGCCUAUGUUGGAUUAAGCGUUUUGAUCAGUUUCUUUCAGGUAAUUUUCCUUGGGGGAUUGGGGGCAUUAUUUCAGGCAUUCGAAGGAGGGGGCAGGGCAUCUAUCAGCACCGCAAUUAGGAAUUUUGCUGCCCAAGGCUAGCUCUGACUUCGACGCCACCGCCAUGCAUAACCAUAAAUUUAUUCUGGUAGUGGAGCCCCCUGACGAUUUGCUUUUAGCCCAGCUUUGUUUUGUCAUUUGAAUCUUUAUUGUCCGAAUGCUUAUACAAAACUAAAGAAAAAUCAUAAUUUUAUCAGUUCAAAAAAAUAAUUUUGUUAACUUACAUCCAGCGCCUUUUUUUUAGAUUAAAAUGUGUCGGUAAUGUCACUGUAAUUGGGGAGGGAAAAGAGAUCAAGGGCGCCGAACGAAACUGGGGGUAAGGUUUGGAAAGAGGUCUCAGUAGGCUCCUCCCCACAAAAUGUUUGAUAAAUUCACAAUUAUGGGAUGCAUUUUGGCGCAUACAUGAACUUAGUUUUGCUUCAUUCUACACUUAACUGACUAACAACAGAAAAGAUGCUAGUUGAAAUGUAGGUUCCCUUGACUCUGCAUGGGUUACACAAUUUCUUUUUUUAUUUUUAGUUGUAUCUAAAUAUUAAUGUUGUGUCCUAAUUUUAUUUUAAAUUGUUUGUUUAAACUAAAUUCACCAAUGAAUGAAUAUAAAUAAGUAAAAAAUAAAAAAACAUUCCGUUCAACACAGUUGAUCGUUAUUUUAAAAACAAACGACAAACAAUCUAUUAGUAUGUUUGGUUAAUAAUUAUCAUUUAGGAUUUAAUUUAAAACUUAAGUAGGUUUCCCAAAAUUCAAAGUUGCAACAAAAUAAAUGAUAAAAAAACUGUUUUGCAGAAAAUUCAAAUAGAUAAAUGGUCUUGUGGCUUUGUUUUGAAAGCAAAAUAAAUUGUCAAAAAUAUUUCAACAUUCACUAAUAAUAUUGGUAGCAUAAUGCCCUUUGAAGCGUGAGACACCCUAGAGCAGCGGUUCUCAACCUGUGUGUUGCGACCCCUUGGGGGUCGCAUGACCCUUUCACAGGGGUUGCCUAAGACCAUCUGAAAACACAUAAACCUUACAGUUGCAUAGUAUCAACAAAAAUAAUUUUGGGGUUGGGGGUCGCCACAACAUAGCAACUGUAUAAAAGGGUCGCGGCAUUAGAAAGGUUGAGAACCACUGCCAUGGAGGCAUGUGGCCCCCUCUAGCAUGAGGCCACCUAGAGGCGUGAGGCCCUGGGCAGUGUGCCCAUGCCUGAAGCCGGCACUACUUUUCUCCACUAAAUUCACUCCUGAGUACAGAGUAGUGGCGUAGCCCCGGACAACAUCUUAGUCUAGCAUGAUUUUAACACAAAUUCUUAAUUUUUUUUUUUUCCGAUUCAUAUCUUGGAGAAGUGAUGAGAGCUAUUCCCCUUUAAGACAUUUCCAACUUGUAAUUCGCAUUUAUAAAAUAUUAAUUUUGUAAUGUGCCAAUAAACGUGCUGUCCACUGACUUUAAAAAAAAAAUUGAAUUGCCAAAAUCUUUCAAUAAUCAUUAACAAAAUGUAAAGUAAGCAUGAUGGCUCUCAAAGAGUGAGUCUCCUAGAAGCAUUAGGCUUUUACUUAACUGAAAAAGAAAUUAAUCAUCGGCGAUCAUCAAGUUUGGAAACAACCAAUUUUUAUUUUAUUUUUAACCAUAUGUUCCAGUUAAUUCAGUUAAUGACAUUUUCUAUAGCAGAUUGUUUCAAUCUGUAUUAACAAUUGAACUUUUUACAUUAUCAUCAGAUAAUUCAAAUGAAUUAAAUUUGUUAAAAUUCUUCUAAUAAAAGCUCCUUUAAUCUCUUUGCAGCCGAGCUGUUUACCGCAGCAUUGCGAUAGCCACUGCAAAAUUUAAAAAGAACAACACCAAAUCAAGAACGUUGAAACAGCAUUGCAUUUUCUUUGGUCGUUUUGGAAAGUGCUUUCGUGGUGAUGAUUGCCCUUACAUUCAUGAUGCUGCCAAAGUAGCUGUUUGCACCAGGUAGGCAUAAAUGAGAAAAUAACGGGAAGGAUAAGGAUACUAUUUAUAGUCAUGUGUCCAGAUGUAAUUACCACAAACCCUGGAGAUGACACCUUGUAGGCAUUAUGACAUUGACACAAUGAAAAAUCCGCUACUGGUGCCAAGUUGUAUCAUCCACACAUGAUGUUCCUUUGGGUUACCCAGAUUAUUUAAAGAGAGGUGAUUUGCUGUCCAGGGAAUCAGCUUAUCCUAUAAAAAUCCCAUGUGAUUUCAUCCUGCGAAGUCUACAUAAUCCUCACAUUGUAACGGAUUGAUGCCAGGGAAAAAGUUAAUCCCUAAAAUUAAGUUUACAAUUCAGGAGUGACAGGAGCUUGCUUUAUCUCUGAGGUAUUUGAGUAAUUCUAUACUUGUUUGUAAUCUGAUUUUUUCCCCUGUGCUCAUCACUUCAUCAUGUUUUUAUUUUUAUCGUUGAAUGAAGAUUUUUACGAGGAAAGUGUGAAGACGUCAACUGCCCCUUCUCCCACAAAGCAUCGGUCAACAAAAUGCCAGUUUGCCUGUUUUAUCUACGGGGAUCAUGCUCACGGGAUGGGUGCCCUUACCUCCAUGUCAAGGUCAACCCCGAUGCGCCGGUCUGCAGAGAUUUUCACAAUGGAUUUUGUUCAUUGGGUGACAAGGUUAGUGAAGCUUAUCCCCAAGUCUUACUUGUUCUGAAACUGGCACAUUUUUUAUUUUUACUAGUUUUUAUUUUUACUUUCAUCUGUGAAGACAGCCAUUUGUUGUCUUUAAUAUUUUCACUGUUCACUCAACAGACAUGACAGCCACAAAAUUAAACUUUGAUAUAACAUUUCAAAUUAGUUUAUUUGCAUUGGAUAAAACAAACCUGUUCCACUUCAAAUGCCAGAAUUUAACAUAAACAUAAUAUACCGGUACACUAAAAAAAAUUAUUUGGUUUUGUAACACAAAGAUUCAUUCUAUUGUCUGCAAUGAAAUAUUUCUAUUGUCUGAAAUUGAAACAACAGCUCAGAAAUGACCAAACUGUUCAAGCAGGAAUCUAUCCACUUUGGAAGGAACCCUUACCCAAUUUAUUCAUUUGAUCACCUUUGGUUUAGUUGAAAUUGCAAAUUUUAGCAUCUGUAUUGAACCAUAGGCUAUUUUUGGGGGCAAAUUAAAUGUCUUCAACUGCUUGUGCUUUGUCCCCAGUUAUUAGAUUUGUGGAUAAAUAUAUGCAUAUAAUAUAUGAUGUAAUGAUUGCACAAGAAAUUAUUUCUACAAUGUAUGAAUUUUAUGAUUUUCAUUUAGUUUCAGGGUUUGAAAAAUUUUUAAAUGAAGUUUCAGGUUUCAAGAAUUUUUUAGAAAGGGAUUUCAGGGUUCACAGCUUUCAGUGAGUGGCACCCAUGAGCAUAGCCAAAUUUUUAAUUUUCCAACAGUGUAAGAAACUUCACUCUUUUGUGUGUCCAUCAUUUGCUGACACUGGAACCUGCAGCAGGGGAAGUGACUGCCCCAUGUUGCACAGAAUAAGUAGGAAGGAGCAGACAACACGAAGACAACUAUUGAAACAAAGGUUGGUGUAAAAAUAGUUUUUAUUCAUUCCAUCAUGGUCUCGUGUUUGUUUUUAUCUCCAACUUCCAUUUUUAUUAGGUAGUUCUUAUUAAAAAUUACAUUGUUUUAUUAAACUUUGCGUAUUAGUGUUGUUUCCAACUCAUUGUCAUCUGUAAGGAUUGGGUUUUGUUUUUGUUGGAGUAAAAAAAAAAUUUUCUGAGAACACUGCUCAUCUUUGUUAUAUACCUCUGUAGUACCGGUACCUAUGAAUGAAUUAUUAUUAGUAUAUACAGUCAUAUACAUAAUGAAUCUACCCAAUCUAAAUUUAUUAUGAAUUUCUUUUCCUGUUUUUUUAUUUUAAUUUUUAAGUGAACCAGUGAAGAAAAGGAGAUUAGCAAAUUCACAAGCAAGCUCUAACACUGCUGAAUCUCUGCUGGAAUUAGUCCAACCCAUGGCAGUGGCAAUCAACACUGCACCACUAACCUCACAACCUUCCUUCAUAUCCCUCCUGUCAACUGACAAUAAUCCUCAGACUCCAGCUGCUGACAUCCGCUCACAGGUGUCGAGUGACAAUAAAGAGUUGAGAAGUGGGGAACAGGAAGUGUCUGCCAGAAUAAUGCCAGUUUUUCUAACCCAGCAGAUCUCAAAAUCAACCCCUCACAAAUCAGGUCUUGAUGUUUGUGAGCCCCAUGUUACUGCUCAAGAAAAAAUUGUUCAAUCCGAAAAAGUCACAUUACCUCCAGACGCAUCAAGUUUUGACACAGCAAAUGAUGAGCAGGUGAAAACAGGUUAUCAGCCUCCAGUCCAGAGUUGUCCUGCACCCAGUCAGCCAGGUGUUCCAAUUAAGAUCAUCCCAUCCUUCUUGUCACAGAACAAGAGUAUAGAAGCGGUACUUGCAAAGAAUGUUGUGGUCCAGUCGGGAGAGAAAAAUUCCAUUAAUCUGUGAAGUCCAGAGUUAAAAGAAAGAAUGGACCAUUUCUGAGAUGUUGAUUAAUCAAGAAAAAUUAGAGGAUAAAGAUAUUACAAAUAAUACCUAAAACAAAUCAUCCAAUGGCCGUAAUGGUACAGAUUUUUUUUUCUUCAAAUUUGUCAAUCAUAUUUUACUUUUAAAAAAUUUCACAUAAAACUUAGACAAUUUCAGUUAACUUCUAUCCUUUAACUUUAAGGAAACCUUGCCUUCACUUUAUACAGUGUGACAUUAGGCACUGUUUUUAAUAUUCUCGUUUCAAACUUUGAAACAAAUUUUUGGUGGAUAACCUCAUCCAAUGCUGACCAAUACCCUGUUUGUGUGAUGCCUUUGGUUGAUGACGACAUUCUAUCAUGUCCCACCUGAAGAGAUGCUUCCAACAAAUAUUUUUAUCCAAGUCAUUUUGUUCCGCUGUCUUCCAGAUUCAAAUUUUGAGCUGAGCUUUAACAUGCAGUGUAAGCUUUAAUUGUUUAAAUUGUAUUUUUAACAGUUAAGUUGUUGUAUUUAAAUAAAUCACUGCAGUACAUGGACAUUUCAGUUGUUGUAAAAUUCAUUUCCAACAAUGAAAUGGGUGAUAACAGUGAACGUUUAAAGUUAAAGAAAGAUAAUAUUUAUUUUUUGAGAAUAACAAAUUUUUUUUGCUAUCAUUCUUGUCUCUUCAAUGAGAGACAAAUAGAUUAUCAUAAUUCUUUUCUCAGUAGCCUGAGGUAAAAUCUCCUUCAGCUGACCAGAAAGAAGGUUAAAGCAUGAUGUUCUUGGAUCACAUCACUCUUGCCAUUUUGUCAAAUCUCCAAGCUGAAUUUUUUUUUUUUUAAAUCACACCAUUUUAAUUGAUUUCUUUAACACUCGUUUCUCAACAGAUUGAAGUUUUAAAUUUGGGCUUACCGGUACUUAUUAUUAUUAAUCUGAACCCAAAUCCAAUUUUCCCUUUUGAAAUAUUUCUUUACCCAAGAAUAAUAUUAACCCCUUUUGAGGCGGCUGGGCGAAAGAGACAAAAGGCUGAUUCCACCUGCCAAAUAAUAAAAACCUCAAGAUUGGCCUGCUGGUCUUUGUACCAGCUAAUCAGAUUGCUUCUCGCUUUUCUUGCUCAUCUUCUCACCAUUGUAAUGGCGGCUUCCAUUGAUAGUUCUGUCAUCUUAUAUCCAUUUUUUCUUUUACCUGCUGACCCUUAUAAAUGCUUACAAAAUAUGUGACUUUGAAAUAUGCCAAAAGGCAUGAGCAGCCCCUGGGAAAUAUAUUAAUGUAUUAUGCAGUUGUUCACUUUGAAUCUCGUUAAAAUGUUUGUUAGGACUUGUUUUGGCUUCAACAAUCAUAAAAUGUAACAAAAUUCUACAAGUAAGUUAGUAAGACAUGUUUAUUCUAAGUGCUAAAAAAAUUCCAUGCAUAAUUUAUGCAAAUCAGGUUUUCUCAUUCCUUAAAGUUGAAAUUUCAGUUUGAUUCAUAGAGAUUGUUUCAGUUCAUUCAAUUCCCUACAAGAAUAUAUUUAGUUUUAGUUUUAUAUUUGCAAAGUAAUUACUUUAUUUUUUAUAAAUUUUUUAGCAAAGUAAGUGCAGGGCUUGUGAAAAGGGCUCUGUCUUCUUGGCACCGACAGUGGCUCCAUCUCAAGAAGGUUAAUAUACCAAACUGAUGCCUGUGGUAUUUCUUAUUGUUUUGUAAGUUAUCCCCAUAGUGCAGUAGCAUUUCUUUUCUCUUGACCAAGAUGUAACGUGUCUCAAUUACUUCUGGGUGUCAUCCCCAGCUGUGGGUAAGCAGCCAGGCGGAAUGGAUUCUUCAGCCAGGUAAGGCAGCUAUUCUUAAAGGAGGAGGUAAACCCUGAGUCAAAUAUCUCAACUUCCUGUACCAGAUUCGGAGAUGGCUGUCAGCUUGGCGUAAAGACUUUUGUCUGUGCAAAAAUAACUAGACUUAUUAAUUAAUCUAAAGCUGACAGAGUAAAUUUGGGAUAUCCAAAUAUUUUUUUUUGUUUUCUUCAGUAGAAGGAUAAUAAUAACAACGCAGUAAUACAGUGGUUCUCAACCUUCCUAAUGUCGUGAACCUUAAAUACAGUUCCUCAUGUUGUGGCGACCCCAACCACAGUAUUAUUUUCGUUGAUACUUCAUAACUGUAGGGUAUAUGUGUUUUCCGAUGGUCUUAGGCGACCCCUGUGAAAGGGUCAUGCGACCCUUAAAAGGGUCGCAACCCACAGGUUGAGAACCGCUGCAAUAACAGAAUGUUUAUUCUGUAAUUUUCUUUCUGUUCACUGAAGUGCCCAUAUUCAUUUUCAAAUGCCAUUUUCAUUUAAUUUAACUGAAUUCAGGUGUCAUUCUCAUAUUUCACAUGAGGCCAGACCAACAUUUGGGUUCAAAGUCAAUAAAAUUUCACUAGCAAUAAAUAAAAAUAGUAAUAAGCAUUUUUUUUAAAGAAAUUUAAAAAAAAAAAAAAAAGGAUGUGGGAUUUAAUCCAUGACAAUGGCAUUAUUAGAUUAUUAGUUCAGCUAUCUGAAAUAUAUAAAUUAAAUGUAUAGC